AUGGGCAUCCGUGGACUCACAGCUGCGCUGAAACCAUUUGCUUCACGCUCUGAACUACGCGGCCGCGUUGUGAUCGACGGGCCCGGGCUGGCAUACCACAUCCUCACAGUCGCGCGAGCCCAGGCCGGCGUUUCGACGGUGCUCGACGAGCCCACCUAUGCUGUGCUGGGCCAGACUGCCGCAUGGUGGCUUGACGAGCUGCAGUCUUGCGGUGUGACAAUCGCGGCCAUCUACUUUGAUGGCUACCUUCCGUCUUACAAGGCACAAGAGCGCCUACGGAGGACAUGUGGCAGCUCGAGCAGGUCGAACCAGUAUUUCCUGGCCACGAGCGCAGGAGUACCUGGCAGAGCAGCAGCAGCAGCGUCAGCAAGGCCGUCUUUGCCCCUGCCGCCCUUUGUCGUGCCGGCUGUCCUCGAGUGCCUGCGGUCUCUGGAGAGGUACCAACGCAUCACGCAUCUCGUCCCAGGGGAGGCAGACCCGUACUGCGCCAGCGAUGUGCGCCAGCAUGGUGGCACGCUGCUGACGGGUGAUUCUGAUUUUCUUCUCUACGAGCUCGGCCCGACGGGCAGCGUGGUCUUUUUCCAAGACGUCCAGGCCGAGCUGAGCGGCGUGGGAGGAGGAGGAGAAACGAAGAGGAACCCGUGCAUAUCAGCCCUGACGUACAGCCCAAUGGAGAUCUGUGGGAGGCUGACGAUGGAGCCUGCUGGGCAAGGAGGGAUGCUGGCCCUGGCGUACGAGAUGAGUCUGGCUCAAGAUCGGACGCUCCAAGCGCUGAUUUCGAAACCUCGGUCACAGUGGGCUUGCCAGGCGACUUGUCAAGCUUCUCAGUAUGCCGAGUUCACAUCUCAGUAUCUCCUAUCUAAGGCGUCUCUCAUUCCUAUCCCCGUCUAUUUGGGCCUCCUCGACCCUAGAGUGUCCGAAUUCGUUCUGGACUGGGCCGCUCUCGCAGGACAUGAGCCCUCUUCACUAGUUGUCACGCUGGCGCGGAGGCCAAUUGUCUAUUUACCUUCCUUGCUGGACCGGUGGGACCGAGCCAGCGCUUGGAAUGCGUUCACGCCCAUACGCCAGUUGGCGUACAGUCUCUGCCGAGUUGCCGGUCAGAGUACCGUCUCGACGGUGACGGAAUACCGGCGAACGUUGUCCGAGAAGUCUACAGGGCAGCAAGUGCAGUUGCUGGGGUUCUCCGAGGUCAUGGGCUCCCUACGCGACACCCACAACUACAUUCUCGGAUUCUUUAAGGCGCCUGCCGUUGCUGCUGCUGCUUCUGCUGAUAAAGAGGCGCGGAGGCUGCAGUGGAUCGCCACGUGUAUGGGCUUCGAAAUCUCGCACGCCGCCGCGGAGGGCAACGAGUCCACGGCACUAAAGCUUCUCCAAAAGGCCGAGGCGUGCGGCGGACGACUCGACCCGGGCAACUGGGAUACUCUUCACCUGGCUGCCAUGAUACAGGGCGCCAUGUACUCACUGCGUAUACUUCAACAGGUCUUGAUGUGCAAGGUCGGGUCUGUGUUUGCGAGCUUGGAUCUGGAGGAGCAAAGACACCUGCGUGAGAUGGAGGCAUGUCUGGCCUCGCUGCCGUGCAUUGCAGAAUUCCCAGCUCCUGUGGACAUGGAAAGCCUCUUUCAGCAGCUGUACCAAGUUGGAGCGCUGAAGAUGCUGGCGAAGGUCGUGGGUAUUUCGGAGCCAGCAUUCGAGCAGAGACCAGUGAUGACCAAAGAGGGGAGACGGAAGGGGGAGAGUAAGAACAAGCCUGUCGUUCAACGGCAGUCGAAACUGUCCCGGUCAGCUUCGUCGAACCUAUUUGACGCCUUGAGCAUAGAUGAUUAG